AUGUCCCCCACUCUUUGCCGCCAAAGUGGACGAAAGAAGCGAAUAUAUUCGUUUCCACAAUCUUGCAUCAAUGAAUCACAAAAAAAAUUAAUUUGUACUGGCGUUCCAACCUAUGCUGAACUCGUCGUGUACAGCAAGGAUACUGUAGACGCAUCAGACAACGUACAAGAAGAAAACAUGGACUUGACUGUAGAUGUAUCAGACAACAUACAAGAAGAAAACAUGGACUUGACUGUAGAUGCAUUAGACAACGUACAAGAAGAAAAUAUGGACUUGACUGAAGGAAAUGGACGAGAAGUUGAAGAUUCAAACUCGUCGAUUGUUGACAUGCUCUUAGCGCGCCUGAAAGAAGUAGAAGAGGAAAAUACUAAAUUAAAAGUACGGUUGCGUCAGAAGUGUAUAGCAAUGGACUGCAUGAAGAAGGACAUACAAAAAUAUAAAAACUUUGCGACUAACAUUCUUUGCAAAGUGUUCACACCUGGACAAGUGAAGAAAAUUAUGUCUCCAAUAAAUCGUCGAAGUCUAAAACAUAUAGUAAUGCUGUACAAAGAGAUAAGGCUUGGGAAUCUGUAGCAUCACUUUUGUCAGUUCAAAUGACAGGAUCUGAAGCAGCAAAAAGAUUUCGCACACUGCGAACAAUAUUUGGUCGCCACUUUAAAAAAGUAAGAUGUUCUCAACCGAGAUCUGGUGCUAGGUCAAACUGGUGCAUUUAUCAGCCGUCUUGGCCGCUUUAUGAAGAAUUGCUUUUUUUGGCUGACGUUAUAAAACCACGAAAUACAAAAUCGAACAUAUCUGUUAAGUCAGUAAGUAUAUUGAAGUCAAGAGAUAACAACCGUAACAGGC